ACAUCCACACACAUCUAUCCUCGAGUCGGACUAAUAGCCGAAAUCAGCAACAAUACUAUUCUCGGUCUCCGUGCCCAGAUCACUGAAAACGUCGACUUCUUGUAUCCUCCUAGAUCAUUCUUCAUCGUCACUCUACUGUCGUCAACUGGUGAUCAGUGGUCAGCAAAAGCCGUUGAUGGUGAUAAUGUCAUUGCUGCUGGAGAUGUCUGUGCCACUGUUGAGCUUGCUUUGCAGGCUUUGUUGAAAGCCACCAGCCAUGCUGUUUGGGAGAGGAUGACCCCGAUUUACAUUCCCUACUAG